AGAGGUUCUUUCCUACGCAGGCAGUAAAUACGAAUAAAACUUGCCCACACUGUCAAUCAAAUCAAGUCUUUUAUCGGACUUCCAGUGGGGAUGAUGAGAAGGAAGUAAAUGAAAUAGAAGAAUUAAGAACACAGUUCACUGAAGAAGAGGAAGGAUAUCUGAAAGUUAUUUCGUCAGAUCAUCGUCGGCCGAAUAGUUUGACAGAUGACAUAGGGAUUGCUGCAGAACGACUAUAUGAGGACAUUAAGUAGAAAGAAGUUAUCAAUUGGUGCAAAACAUCUCUACGAAAGUCCAUUGGUGCCCACUACAAGUAUAAUUAGUGGGACCAAUGGGCUUUCGUACAUAUGCGUACUGUAGACAAAAUGGUAGUGUCUAGAAGUUUGGUUUUAAACUAUAAUGCACAGAACCUAACUUACUUAUGCGCCAUGUGCUGUCCGGUUUACAAUACAAACUUAUUAUUUCCAGCCGGCCGACAAGUUAAGCUCUUUAAUAUUAUGAGUUUAUGAUACGCCAAUUAGAAAACAAUAAAAAAGUGGGAACUCCCGUUUCAGAUAUCAAAGUGUGUCCUCAAUUGGGUCGUUAGAUCAUAACAUUGUUUGCUAACCCCAUAAUUAUGUGCUAAAGAUUAUAAGUCUAUGUAGUCGGUAAAACAAGUUAAAAGAAAAUCCAUGAUUUAUAAUGAAUUAAUGUUACAAUUAAAUGAUAAAAAUGCGCACCCGUCAUCGAUAUACUCUAUUUAUAUCACGCUGUCCAUCAGCAGCCACUUGAAAUGUCUGUUCACUUUAAAUUCAAUGUAUAUGGUGUAUUGACAUUUUGAGAUUAUAAAUUACGGAUUGACGAUUGAACUUUACCCUGUCCUGUCGGAGUUGCGCCACCAGUCAAGAGCCAGGGCGGAUACCGUUUACUCCUUGCCCUUAACUAAUUAUCUACAUUUGUGAAUAGUGAUAUAACAAUAUAGGUGGUACUAAAUUUCAGAAAGAUAGAAUCGGAGAAUAUACUAAUCAUUAAUGUGAAUUAAAGUAAAAAUAUGUUCAUCGCCUUCUUGUUGGUGUUGUCAGAAAACGUUUAUUAAUCAAGAAUUGGAUUUCGAUUCGAGUUAGAGUCAUUUAGCGGUUGUACGCCUAUAUAACUUUGCCAAUUUAUAAAUACUAGAUUGGACUUUGGAAGUAACCUACAGAGUAGUUAUCACCAUUCUAACAGCAUGUCGGAUCGCUUUCAUAUAGCAGCAAAGAAUGGCUCUUUGGACGUCUUAAGUGAAGCUACGCGUAAAGACUGCAAUAAGCCUGAUGAAGAUGGCAUGACCCCUACUCUAUGGGCGGCUGUCAAAGGCAAUGUAGACACGCUCAGAGUUAUUGUCAGUCGAGGAGGGGAUCCCGACAAGUGUGAUAAUCUAGGCAACACCAGUUUACACUGGGCUGCUAAAUGCGGACAUAUCAACGCCAUAACGUUUCUCGUGUCGUUCAAUUGUAAUGUUUGGGCGAUGAACAAUGAUCAUCAGACACCAAUGGACGUUGCCGCUGAAAACAACCGCAAAAGUUGUGUCGACUUUCUGGACGAUGUAUCAUCCAAAAAAUCUUCAGCUAACCCAAAACUAGUUAGAAAAAUGAAGCUUGAAGCGAUGAACGAGGCUGACAAACGCGUCAAGAAAUACUACAAAUGGCAAGAAAAGAUGCAGAAGAAAAUUAUAAAGGAGGAAAACAAAGAAACAAUAACAGAGACUAAGAAAGAUAAGUCAAAGAUUUCAACGAUUUCGUUUAGCGGUGGUAGAAAAAAAUCAAACCAGUCUACUACAGCUGAGGGAUCUUAUGGAACAACAGCACGAAUCAAAAGAGACUCAGAACGCAAUAUCGAUAUAGACCACAUAAUACCUCAUGAGUCGGGGUCACCUAACACAUUCCUGAUGGUUACUGACCAACAAGCGGCAAAUGCAAUGACAUCACUUCCAACUGGCGGUAGAGGGGCUGGAAUCGCAGACGACAUAUUGAAUGGCUCCAAUGAACUUGAGCAACCUGAAAGUAAUUCAGUAGUUGACGGCAACGAAAUUGAUCCCAAACUUGGAACACGAGGCAACAGAGUGCCCUGGGACGAAGACCAACUGGAUCUAGAUGAUGACGGCGAUGAUGCUAGCAACUCACUAUUGGAGCUUUUCUUAGCAGCAAAUGGUUUGCAUGAUUAUCUGAUAAAUUUCAUCAAAGAAGACAUCGAUUUAGAUGCAGUGAAGCUGCUUAUUGACGAUGAUUUGUCAAAGUUAGGCAUUCCAAUGGGUCCGAGGCGAAAGUUGCUGCAAGCGAUAGCUAAGCGACGUAUGGUUAUGGAGUUUCCUAACGCAAUGGUAGAUUCUGAACUUUAAAUGAAUAUGCGGUUUGCAAAAAAUAUAUGAUUGUUUAUUAUAGUUGGUCUUCACAAAAUUUACAGAUAAAUAAAAUAUGAUUAACACAACGUAACUUCGAAAUCAAUUUUAUAAUCGGACUAUGUUGUAGUAUUGCAGUUUAAAAAGGACGUGGGAUAUUUUUUAAAAUUGAAAAUCAUAAUGACGCGUUUGGAAAACUGCUCGAAAAUAAUAUCAACGUAUCAGAAAUUAGCAACACCGAAAGUUAAAUCAGAAGGAAAAAAACAUUCUGUUAUUGUUUUGUAGAAAUUAAUGCUUACAUGUUAAUUAUGGUUUGAAAAAGGCCUAUAUUUAUUCAAAUCUGUAUCUAAUCUGAAGUAAUAGGCCUACCGAGUUUACUCGUGUAAGAUAUUUGUGUGGUAAGUAAGUAACUUUAUUGCUUCUGUUUUAUAACAGAGGCACAACCGUAAAAGAUGUCAUCAGUAUAAACCUAAUUAUUGUGAUUUAAUAUAGCAGGA